AUGACGAGAUUAGAGGGACGAUCAAAACUUAUAGUUGGUGUUGACUUCGGAACAACCUUCAGCGGUGUCGCCUGGGGAUUAGAAGACUGCCCUGAUGAUAUUGAGCUCAUUCAGACCUGGCCAGGUAGUGGCAACAUCACAAGCCAGAAAGUCCCAACUUUGUGUUCUUACAAUGACAAGGGCAUGCAAUGGGGUUAUCAGACUGACCAGUCGAUCCAUCCGGGCAAGCAGCGACUCAUCCAAGGAGUCAAGCUUUUGCUAGAUGAAAGUCAGAAAUUCCGUUACUUACCUGCCAGCGACUCUCAAGAAAUUAUCAAAGACCUGAAUAAAACGGCCGUGGAGGUCGCUGGUGACUACUUGGGAAAAGUAGUCGCCCACGCUCAGGAUAUCUUGGUGCGUCGCUUUGGAACUGCGCUGCAAACCAUGGAUUUGGAAUACAUCCUUACUGUGCCUGCUGUGUGGACUGACAAAGGAAAAGAUUUGACUAGGCAGGCGGCCCACCGCGCUGGUAUAUCUGAUGCAAGUUUAAGACUCUUGUCAGAACCGGAGGCGGCUGCGGUGUGUGCGAUUCGAACAAUUCAGCCGAAUACGAUCUCGGAAGGAGACUGCUUGGUUGUCUGUGAUGCGGGGGGUGGAACGGUCGACAUCAUUACCUAUCGUGUCAAGCAGACCGAACCUUUGAGAUUCGAGGAAGCGACGAAGGGAACUGGUGCUGUUUGUGGCUCAGUGAUGUUGGACGAGAGAUUCGACACACUUAUCAAAAACAUCAUCGAGAAACAAUCACAUCAACAGCUACCUCAGUCUACAGCAAGGGCUGCACGAAAGUACUGGCAAGACUACAUUAAGCCUGGAUACGCAGGUCCUCUCGACGACGACGAGAUGUGUGAGCUAGGAUAUUGGAUCCCGGUUCCUGGUGUUACGGGGAUCCCAAACCUCGAGCUUAGUGAGGGGCACUUAUAUCUAGACAGAGAUCAAGUGAAAGGAAUCUUCGAUCCUAUUAUUCGGCAGAUUGAGAAACUCGUCGCCAAGCAGAGAACGAGCAUCAUGGAAGCAGGCUUUUCAGCUAAGGCUAUUAUUCUAGUCGGAGGCCUUGGUGCCUCGGGGUACCUCUUCAAGCGCUUACAGGCUGCUUCCGACGGCAUCCAAAUCAUGCAACCCCCAAAUGCAUGGUCCGCUGUUGCUCGGGGUGCUGUUAUCCGAGGACAAGAAGGCAACCAAGUAGAGAGUCGCAUUGCCCGUUGUAGCUAUGGCAUUAUGAUAAGAGUCACAUUUGAUCCUAAAAAGCACCGCGCAAAUGAAGACCUCAAAUGGUGCCCUUAUGAAGAGCAAUGGAAGUUGAGUGGGCGUAUGACAUGGGACUUUGAGGGACAAUCUGUCGCCGAGAGUGAGCCAAUAAGGAUGGGCUUCUACCGUGUGUUUGGCGUGGGCGAGUCCAUGGUAUUUCACGACGCACUGCGGUUUUGCCAGAUGAACACAGCUCCCGAAGUGAUGGAUUCUAGUGUCUCAAAACUGUGCGUGGUGGAGGCAGAUCUGAGUAGAAUCCCGAAAGAGCUUUUUACGAAGAAAACAAACUCCAGAGGGAAACAAUUCUACCAUGUCAGCUACGACUUGGUUCUAACGCCGACUUCUGCAUCGCUGUUGUUUGACCUGCAAUUUAAUGGUGUCUCCUGUGGAAGCGUGAGAUCUCGCUAUUGA